AUCAACAGUGCCGGGCGGUGCUCGCGUCCCUUGUACCUGCGUCUUGAAUAGGAUCGGCCGCCCGGCUGUGCUUGAUGUCGUUCCUGGGAUUGGCUAGCCGUCCGAAUCAGGUGCGACCCUUCCUGUCACACCAGACCAGAAAUGAGCGCUGGCAUGGAACCCUUGCUGCGACUUUUCCUCCGCAAUUCCACUGAAUUUUCUCCACGUAGCAUGCAUGCGCGACACGACGCGUCGGGCAUCGUGACUCACAGGCACAGCCGUCUGCAGGGUUAAUUCCGGCCUGCUUCUUCAUUUGACUAUCAUUCUUCACUGCCAUGUUUUAGCGUCCCAGCCACGGAUAUUUGGGUUCUUCCCACAGGAUGUCCACCGUCGCGCCUCAGAUCUGGUGGGCCCCAUCAUACGGCGAUGAGAUUUCACCGGAGAAGCCUACGAACAAUACCCACCAGAUACGUCCACGAGAGAUGACCCGCCCAGCGUUCUACUUCGCACAUCGCGUUCACCGGCCCAAUGUAUAGACACACCAUUACGCAAAAUUCGCAGACGCGGUGGUCUAGAAGAUGAUGAACGAGGCAAGUCAGCAAUACUAGAGGCGGAUCCCGUCCAAGCCCGACGGGACGAUCCAUGCUGUCGUCGAAAAUGGCAGGAGCAAGUCAGGCGGGCGCAGCCGCUGCCCGCGGUCACGCCUUAUUCUACCAUCCACGCUUGGCGUAUAAAGGCUCGCGUACCUCACUCAUUUGCAGCACCUCUUACCUCCGAGGGAGAAACAUACCCCUACUAUCUCACCCUCGACUUCACCAUGUGUAUCGACGGCAACAGCGGACCCCUCUCUGUCCGUUACAUCACGGCCCAGCUGGAUGCCCUCUAUAAAAACGCGGCUGAGUGCGCGCCCCAUGCCGCGCACCACGACUACAAGUCGGCCGAGUACGAGAGCACUCGCUACAUUCGUGCCCUGCGCGAGUUCCACUACCUCACCAGGCGGGCGACCAACAACCUCCACGAGGCCGACCUGUUCUUCUCGGCUAAGUUCGCCCAACCAGAGAUCAAUUUCCUGUGUAAUCACGUCGUUUUUCUUCGCCUGAAACUCGAGUCUGGUCACUUCAACUCUGCGUAUAAGGAGGCGCUGAGACUGGGUGCACGCGCCGAUCACUCGAAGAAUGUCUCUUUGACAGCCCUUGAGCUCGUUUACGCGAUCCCUCUGCUCCGUUCCAACAUCAGCGGGCGCGACGAAAAAAUCGGCAAUGUUGGCGCCAGGCACUUGGUUCAGAUGCUGAUCUUCGGUCUUGAGCAGGCCAAAUAUGUCAGCCUCACGCCCAACAGCAACAACAUCACGGACGACCAGAAGGAAGCCCUUCUGUGGUACUUCGAACAUUACCUUCGGUUCCUCCAGACCUCCGGCAACCAUGUCAUGUUCGAUCUCCCCGACUUCGACGACACCAGGUAUCGCCCGCGCAUCGACUACUCGCUUAUCCGCACCCAUGCUGCGGAUGACCUUCGCAAGGCCAUCGUGCAUGAUAUCAAAAUCCUUGACAAGGUCGACCCCGCCCUCAUCUCCCAGUUCUACAACAUGCACUGGCAGAACGCCUGCGGUAAGCGCAACGGUCCGGCCUGGGGCAAGCUCGAUCUCUGUCUCGCGAGCAUCUGCAGUGACUGGAUCAACGGUCUCACCUUGGAGAACGUUCACUUCUUCAUCAACUUCCACUCCCCCACUGUCGAACCCCUCUGCAACCAAGAGGUUAUCCUCAAAUUCAACAUCAAGGAGCUCGGCUUCUUCGAGAAGUCUGGCAUUGACGAGACUGUGAGCCCGAAGGUUGACUUGUCCGACCGGCAGUGGAAGUUUGCCUUCAUUGUUAAGUGCGUCAAGGCUGAGGGUCUCGGUGUCGUGACCUUGGACCUCGACACUGCGCGCUUCUCCCGCUUCGAUUCCUACUUCGGCACGAGCGAGCCCGACGAAACGACCAAGCACUACAUCGACUUGAUGAUUCACUUCUUCUCGCGCGACUAUCUCGAUAUCGUGGCUCGCUUCAACCUGCACAUCAUUCUCGGCCUGCCCCUGGCUCCAGACAGCUUCGGCAGGGACUACGCGGCGGAAUGGACUGAGACAGAGGAGAACGAGGGCGACCACUUCGCCAGGAAGCACACUCACGCGAUGAUGUGGUCCGAGAGGAUUCAGAACACUGCCAUCUACUCUGGCUGCCAGGAGGUCGUCGCACUUUCCGAGGAGACGAUCAACCGCUUGCUCCGUCGUCGCCUCGAGACGGUCAGGGAGUGGCACAUCAGCAACCUCUUCUCGAUCAACAUCCUCGACCUCAAGGUUCGCUUGCUCACCAGCGGCAAGGCGAUUAUCUACAUUCAGGCGAACGGUGCUAUCGCAGUCCGCAAGAGGGAGAAGUCCCUCAAGUGGUGGACCCGGCUGUUCUGGCAGCGUCCGCAGAAGACCGAUCAGCUCGAGAACGUCGACUUCGAGGCCGUUACCCUCGCAUACGAGGUCGAUAUCUCGAAGGUUCCGCACGACUUCCUCAUGGUCGAGGUCGACACUGUCGUUAAGGACUACUACGAGUCAUGGCACCACAACUUCUGCCACUGGAUGUGGAGCCACCACCGCCACACCCACUCCGAGACUACCACUGUCGAGAAGGAUGCCGUUCACCUCAUGCAUUUCACCUUGAACUACAAGAGUGCUCGCUACGUGGAAGAACUGUCCAACGUCACCGAUCUUGGCACUGACGACGAUUCGCUCGAGAAGCUCAACACCAUCAGGCAGUACAUCCCUGAGUACCUUGCGGCGCUGACCCACUACGGCCACAACAUUCUCCACACGGUACCUAUCAACAAAGCCCCUAUUGCUACUGAGCCCCUCGACCUGUUCGCGUUCACGGAUGUCGACUACCGCAUUCUCACCAAAAAGGAGAUCAACAUCGACACAUGCCUCAACUUCGAGACUCUGGAAACCGAGAUUCCUCUCGUGAUCAUUUACGGUGUCACCGGCGGCGCCAAGCUGCCCACGUUCCACGGUCAGUGGGCCGCCGGCUGGCAGGCCGUCGGUCGCGAAGCUGUCGGCACGCUCGGUCUCUCGCGUGAGGUCUUCCUGCAGCGCUAUAUCCUCGACGAGCUCAAGACGAUCAAUGCGAUGACGACCAUCGUCCCGCUGAACGUUGACGUCGUCGACGACGUGUGGCACGUCGACCUCACCACAUGGGCCCAACACCCGACGCGCAGCAAGUCCAAGGUCGGCUGCCAAUGGAAGCCGAUCGACGUCAGCAGCCUCGACUUCCUCGAGUACGAGUGGAAGUACCGUGACGAAUGGAACCACGAGCACGAGGGCCACCAGGAUGAUUCGGGCAACGGCGAAUAUUAUCUGCACUGCAACACCAAGAACACGCUCAUUGUCCCCACCAUCUACGAUCCCAAGGGUCUCGAGUUCGAUCUCCGCGGUGAGACCUCGGUCAGGGUCGGCGGCAAGCACGAGGGCAAGCCAUGGAGCCGCUCCACGGUUGGUACCUGGGGUGCGAAGAUCAACCUCGAUACCUCCAGCGGUGGUCUCAAGAUCGCCGUCGACCGCAUUCCGGUUUCAGUCAAGCCGGCGGUCGAGACGUCUACCGAGUCGUACACGUACGAUCCCAGCACGGUUCACUACAAUAACCUGGUCCUCAAGAACGAUGCUCUCGACGCGCUUAUCAUCAAGGAGCUUCGCCUCCUCCUCGAGGCAUCGUGGCAGUACUGCGUCAUGGGUAUCCAGGCCAUCUCGCUGCGCGCUCCGGUCAUCACGCGUGCCGGCGACUUCAUCUGCGAGCUGGACCUCGACAAAGACAUGGUCCGUCCUCCCAUGCUGGAGGUUGCAGAGUGGGUCAAGUACAGGACCAGGUGGUACUCAGAGUGGAUCGAGAACGGCAAGCUGGUGGCCUGGGGCUAUGGUCAGGUCCGUGGCGAGUACACCGUCGACAAGGACGGCAAGGUCGACACCACUCCGCUUGACCAGCGUGGUCCCCCCAAGAGCAAUGGCGUCCCCAAUGGCCUCACUCCCCCUCAGUCUAAGGCUGCUGCGGCCCCCGCGCCGUCCGCUCCGCCGAAGCCUGUUGAGCCUAAGGCAGCCACCGCUCCCACUGGCACGCCUGCGCCGCCCCCGGCUUCGACCCCGGCCCCGGCCGCGACUUCCGCUCCUGUCCCGGCCCCUACUGCUUGAAGGGCCGUCUCGCAUGCCUCUCUGCCGGUCUCCGUAGCCUGAUGUGUCGGACUUGUCUUCCUCGUCUUGUUUAUUUUGCAACCCACUCGUGUUAUUCUUAGCCCGCAUACCCUCGUGUUGUAUGUUCCAGUCUGCGUAGCUAUCUUUCAUGUUGUCUCUCUUGCAGCUUGUUGUAGUACUGUACGGUAAUUGAUUUGUAGCAUGCUGCUACCUAUGAACAUUAUUCUUGUUUGCUGUUAGCACAAGAUUCAUGCCUGCGCAUUGACAAUGGGUCAGUAAGCAGCCGCGGAUCGACUCUAGGUGAGGCUCUGUGUCGUUGCGAGGUUGUUGCCGACCGUAGCCUUCGUGGCGCUCGGCGAAACCCGGCCGCAAGAAAUGGACAGCAAGCGC